AUUUAUUAUACAUAGAAUAGGAAAUCUAAAGGAGGAAUUCAGAAGUUUAGAUAGGUUUUAGUGCUGCUAUCAAAAUUCGAUCUGUAGGCAACGAAGGCUCAGCUCAGUUUUCGUUAGACUUAAUACAGCGCUCAGAAGGAACUCGAGGGAUAUUGUAAAGGAAAUAGAGAAGUUGAUGCAAUCAAUAUGCGGCUGAUGAAAUGUUGUUGCUGCGUAUCGCUACAAUUCGGGACAAUGCUAUUUGGCUGCAUUUUUGGGCUUAUGGAUUUUUAUCUAGGAUCACUUGGCGUCUAUUAUGUGACCCGUGAUAAGAUGCCACAUGUGUUCGUUAAAUUUUUUGAUAAGAUGGACGCACGGUACUGCGUGUUCUGGUUCUCAGUAAUCUUUUACCUAAUGGCCUUUAGCGAUCUAUUGCUGAUUACUGGAGCAAUGACAAAAAACACUUCUUGCUUGGGACCCUGGCUUAUAGUAAAUUUUAUUGUUCUAAUUUGUACUAUAGCUACGGCUCUGCUGAGUGCCAUUGCGGUUUUAAGAAUUGGUAUACUCAUGUAUGCCAUGUUAGUGGUGAACUCCUUCUAUGACGAGCUGACAAAUUGAUUGCAUCAAAUGCUGUGAUUCUGAGCAAACAAAUUCAAGGUAUACAUUUAAUUGGAAGUGAGACGGUGUGAUCCUCAACUUAGGAGCCCGGGACAUAGGGUGCGAAAGAGAGGGACACAGAAGAAGGAGAAGACGAGAUUGUGUAGGGAACCCGAUUUUAGGCCGAUGACAAAAUGCUGCUACGCUUUUAUAACAGGAUUAAGCGAUAAUGAAACUGCACUGCUGCAAAUGCCGUCAGAAGCUGCGCUUAAGACUCAUUAAAAAUCCAUUAAACCCGAUAAUAAUAAACGGCGCAAGAGGCAAGAAAAAUAAAACAAA